UAACCCUACUUUUUCUUUAUGCCUUUUUUUUGCAAAAUCAAAACAAAACAAAUAAUUAAUCUUAUUAAUAAAUUAUCCAAUAUUAUAUUCAAUAAUUUUAUAAUUGAAUUCAAAAUGCAACAAAGGGAAGAAAAACAAUUGGAAACCUCGUUGGAGUCGAUAGUGCAAAGGGUCAACGAUUUAAAGGCCUCUUUGGCUUCCAUGAUAUUCAAAGUAGAAAACGAAUAUGAAAGUCUGAAUUGGCCUAAAUUUCUGGAUAAUUACGCCCUGGUGUCUGGACAGUUGAUUUCCCUAUCAAAAGUUCUGAGCCACGAGAAAUGUCCGAACCUGCGCAACCUCACGGUUCUGCCUCUGAUGCUCUCUCCUGAACGAGACGAGCAGCUAAUCCAAACCACCGAGGGUCGGAUAUCGACGUUCUCCCACGAUUUGGUGCCCGACUACUUGAGAACGAAGCUGGAGCCUCUAGCGGAACAAAAAAUGAUCCAGUUGGAGCACAAGGCUCAGAACCUGCAGUACGAUAAUGCUCAGAAACAGAUCGCCGCCUAUCAGAAGGUGGUAUCGCACGUGUCAGAUAUAGUGAGCAAGGCUCGGGAAGAAUGGGAGGUCGAAGCUUCCUCCAGGGCAGGCCAACAGCAAAAUUCUAGCGUAGCUGACACCCACCUGCUAGUUGCCGCCGUCGGCAUGGGAAAAGGACUGAAGAUGGGCCCGAAUUCCAACGGGCAACCGAACGCCACCUCGGGCGGUAUGAUGGUACCACCCCAAGGCCGUCAGGGCGGACCCCCAGGGGUAGGCCCUAUGCCUCCCAACGCCCAAGUGAUGGGUGGCAUGAGCAAGGCGCCAUCGGCCAUCAAGACGAACAUCAAGAGCGCCGUUCAGAUGCACCCUUAUGGACGCUAAACACCCUUAAUUCAAUAAUUCAUAUACUUAAUAAAAACUAAUUUCAAUUAAUUGUUCAAGUCGCUCAGCUUGAAACCUCUCUGAAUUUAAGUACUAAAACAAAGGUGAGAGCAAAAAAAGUAUGUAUUGAGUAAUGAGGCAAUUUUGCUAUAAAGGGGCCCUAACAAGUACCUAUGAAAUAAGUCAGAUAAAAAAAUAGAGUGUAAUGGGCAUAAACAGGGCCCAAAAGUAUAUGAUAAAUCACAUUUCAAUGUAAUCAGUAUGUAAUGAGCCGUAUAAGAUGAAUGUAAAGUUUAUACGGAGUCAAUCAUCCAAACAGCUAAAUAAAAGAGUCAUGUACUUGGUCAGUU